AUAUUUUAUUUAUUUUUGAUUGUGUUUCUUUAGUUGUAAAAUAAUGGAACAUUUUGACAAGGCCAGUUGUAGUUUAGCCUUAAAAGUUCUGUCUACUGUGAGUGGAGGUUUGUUUGCUGGCGCUGCUUUGUAUGUUGAUUGUGUUGAAGCUCCAGCUCGUCGAACUCAUGAUGCAGCUUUAGCUAUUACAAUCUGGAAGCCAUCGUUUAUACGAGCUAAAAAUUUGCAGACAAAAAUGUGUCUUAUUUCAGUUGCUUCUUCAUUUGGUGUAUAUUUUUCAAUGCGUGGAUCUGGAAAAUGCCCAAUGCCAUGGUUAGUUGCUGGUACUACUAUGUUUGCUAUCAUACCUUACACAUUAAUAUUUAUAAGGCCAGUGUAUACCGAGCUCUUGGAAACUGAAAAAUGUAUUAGUGUUAAAGGUGAUUCGUGGAUUACUGAGAACUUAAAUUAUUGGAGUAAACUUCAUUCGGUUCGAACUGUUGUGUCACUUGGUGCAUUCACUCUAAUGGCAUAUGCUCUCUCUAAGUCCUAAAUUAAAUGAUUUUUUAUAAUUUUAUAAGAAACCAUAUGCUUAUAAAGAAAAAAAAUGAGCAAAAUUUAAA